AUGGUGAAAAACGUGUCCUCCUGGCGCUUGAACAAAGCAGAGCUGGCCGAAGUGGCCGCUCGAGUCGAAAAAGGCGAAGACCAAGCCGUCGUGAAACGGGAAAUUCAAACUUUGAAAGCACAGGCAAAUGAAGACAGGAAAAAGGCUGCAAACGCAGUCGCAGAGAAGUGCAAGCGUCAAGCCGUGGCUGCAAAGGCAUUGGCAAAGUGCAAGGCGGCGACAGCGAGGGCCAAAGCUGGAGGGGCUCAGCCAGAAAGUGGGAGUGCGCCUUCGGAGGCAGAUCUGAACGACGCUACGAACAAAGCGUACUACUGCCAGGUCCAAGAAGACUGCGAGGUGAUCCUCCAAGAGUUUGGUGGAGAAGCCUUUCGGCAAGAGCUUCCUCUGCCGAUUUCCACUGGAAACGGGCCAAGUGGGGUCCAGGAGCCAUUCGACAGAGUCAAGGCGCUGCAAGCCUUGCAGGCUCACAGCUGCUACAGAAGCAGCGUCAGUGUGUGGUGGCUGAAUGCCAUGAACAGUCCGACUCCUGGAGUCCCUAUGAGCCGCAGGAGAGUGGAAGAUCUGAUGCAGUUUUGCUACGGACUGGGCCAACCUCGAUUUCAUUCCGACAGGAUGAUAGAGGUAGCCGUGACUUCCUCCGAGUUGGACUGUGAGAUUCCGAGCAACUUGCAAGUUAUCUCACCAGAGGAAGUUUUGCACGCGACUCUUGCUGGCUGCGCUCUAGCAGUGAAGCUGAAGGACACCUUGCCGGACGCAGAAUGGCAAGAGCGAAAGGCGAAGUGGAAAGCAGUCUUGCUGUCCGUUCCGGUGACCUUCUCGGAGAUCCCGGUCCAAGACGUGUGGAAAGCGGCCUUUAACCGCCGUCAAGCAGUUCUGCAAGAGCAUGAAAGCCUGUCAAGAACGGCUAUGCAAGCCGCGAUGGAGGUGGCCCACUUCAAGACUUUGGUGGAAGCACAGAACCCAUCAGCCGGAAAGCUCUCAGCGCAAGCGCUGUCAGCCGAGUUCGUUCGACUUGGCUUGUCGCAAGUCACUGGAGGAACGAAGCAGGACGAAGAAGAGGCAGACGGGGGAAGUUUGGCCCCUACUUUCAUCAGCCACGCGCUGAACGUUCACAAGACAGUGAUGAGCCAGCCGCGGUGCGUUGAACUGCUGAUGGAUUUGGAAUGCAAGUUUGGAACACGCAGCUGUUUUCACAAAAUGUCGAAGCUGUGCGUGUUGGCCAACAAGCCGACUUCGGCGGCCUCGCGCAUCUGGGUACUGGAAAGCCUGCAUGACCUGCUCUGUUGGGCAGACUUGAAGCCUUCAGAGGUCACGCGCAACACCAUGACAGGAGACCGAAGUCACUGUGGACUCGUCGCGCUGUUUGAGUGCAAACAACGAGUGUUGGACUAUAUUCACAGUGACCUGUUGCCAAAAGCAGGUGUUUUGGAUUCGGACAGGCGCUUGCUCAAAGAAGCUUCAGCUGAUCACUCGGCCCACUCGGGCGAUGGUGACAUCACUUGGCAAGCGCGCUUGCAAAAGAGUGGCAUCCUCUGCUUCGAGCUGAUCCAGGACCUCGUCUUCGACAAGAAGUUCGACCACGGCGUGCGCCAAGCUGCCAGAAGCGGAGGCGCGCCAGAACAAGUAUGGGAACAGGACCCUGUGAAAGAGGCUUGGGAAAAGGUGAAGGUGGAGCUGGCAAAAGAAGCUGAAGAGCGCAAAGCUUGCAGUAUGCAGGCAGACGACGAAGAGAUUGUCGAGGAAGAAGAUGCCCUGACCGUGGUUCGCAAGGCGCCAACAAGCUUCGCGCUUCAUAGCCCCGGCUAUUGGAACGCAAUCGGGAACCAGGCUGUGCGCACGUACGUCAGCCUGGUGCCUGAACCCAAGACAAUGCAAGGAGUGGAGUCGGCGGUCGCGCAAAGCUCGCUGAAAGACAUCUUCGGAUCUCAAGGCGUGUCUAGUGUGCUGCUGUGGCUUGACCUCGACUCGGUUGGCGAAAGCCAAGGCCCUGGUCAACAACCGCUUCUGCGGAAGAAAUAUACUAUGGACACCAACACGCUGAAGUUGGUUCAAGGGGCACUCAUGGGCCGUGGAUCGCAGAAGCGCGGGCAGGCAGGCGCAGAGGAAGCAACCCGCGUGGUGGACGGUGACGUGGUCAUGAUCCACAACGGCUUCAGCCACCCAGGUGGCCAGCGCGAGGCCAAAUCCGUGUUCCGUCUGAGCACGGCAAAGAAAGAAGCAGAAGUGGACUCGGAACUGAGAGAGGUUCUUGUGAUUUUCGAAGACGAAUCCAUUCGAAACAGAAAGCAACGGGUGCGCGGAAGCUACAACUCCAGCACUUGCGUGACUGUGGCCACGUCCACAAUCUUCACGCAGUGUUUGCCUGAAAAGGCAUACGAGCACCAUCCAGGACAUUGUUUUUCUAAUGUCCUGUGCAAUGUGAAAGCUCUCAGGGCGACUGAGGCAUGGCACCUCAGCAGAAAAGAGAAAGAGGAGGUAUUGGGAAAGGACCGCGCAGUGACAAUCACUGAGGACGCUGCGGCGAAGAAGGCAGAAAGCGGAGGGAGCGAAGGUUUGGAAAGCGUUUUCUCCGCUGCUGCUUUGCCGGUCCCUUUCUACCAGGACUUGAUCCGAGGACAUGCAGCCAAAGCCGUUUUGGAUUUGGCCGCCGGCGCAGGAAACUUUGCAAAAGCGGCUCUUCUGGAGAGGGUCCCAUACUAUGCCUUCACGCUGACAGAAUGUCACUCCAAAAGGCUAGAAGUAGUUCUCACCCAGUUCCUGGUAGACGAAAUGAGGAAAGAAGGGUCGACCCAUUUCAGGCCUGAGGCUGUGCAGGACCAGGAGCGUCAAGAGGCUGACUCUGCGCAGGUUCCAAAAAAACGCACAAAGGGAAGUAAAAAGGACGAAGGCUCUGAAGUGGUGCCCAAAAAGAAAGCAAAGGCUAAGGCCAAAACCAAAAAAGACGACGACGGCGAAGAAAAAAACGAAGAGCAAGGAGCCGAGGAAGAAGAGGCAGGUGGUUCCCCUUUGCCGUGGUAG